AUGGCCACUACCUGGCAAGAUGAAUGUGUCCCAACAGGAUCUCGGACGGAAAAUCAAGGCAACGACGCCUUGGAGAGAUUAGCUUGCAGAGAUCGACCUCGCCAAUAUCUCUAUAUUGCAUCGACCAGCUUUUUCCCUUCGGAACAAGCAUUGUCUCUCCGUGAUGUCAAAUACUCACAACCGUCGCACAUGUCCGGGGAUUCGGCCGAAGACUCAAGUGGUGUCAUCCAACUAUGCCACACCUUCUCCGACUCCCUUGUUCUGCUCGUCUCCGUAUUAGACUUUGAACGUCAAGAUACUCUUGACCUAGCUGGAUGCGCUGCGGCUACAAACAGGGGUCUGGGAACCCAACGAACCGUCACGGGAGUUCGGCAUUGCGACUUGGUUGACCUUGCUGACAGGGGUCGCAUGCCUGACUUACAGUGUUUCGGAAGCCAAGCAUACGGCCAUAGAGGCCGCCUCACGAGUCCGGCGUACAGUGUCAUCUACGGAUGCGCCUCUUUGGGAGACUUUCGACUCGUCGAUGGCAGGCAGACUCGAACGAUUCAGCCCCUGGCGCCUACAUCAGGUCCUCGUCGCCAGGCCCGGAAAGUAUUCGAGCAUUUCGAAACGGCUGAGAAGGUCGAUCUAUGCGUUGCUACAAUGGGAAGCGAACUUGGCAAAAGCUUGUGUGCUUAUCUCUCCAGGACGCUCCGCGCUUCCAAGCCCUUUGUUUUCCUUGUGUCACUAUCUCCAUACUCUUCUCAUCUGGCUUCACUCCUUCGCCAGACCUUUCAUCUACCCCAAGUGGCCCUGCGUUUCACCAAACCAGCUGCAGUGGCAGCAUUCGUUCCCUUUGCUUCUCAUCUAGUAGAUGCGGCACCUCGAAAAUUAGAAAUUUCCACUCUAGGCGGCGCGGCCUUCCGAAUCGAGCAGGCUCCCAAUCCCGACUUUUACUAUGGAAACAGGCGAGGGCCCAUCGCACUGGCCAGAGCUUAUUCCAAGUUCGGGCAGCAGAUUCCCGACGAUCUACUAGGGCUCAUUGAUCAAAUCCUCGGAGAGCUUGGGUUGCUGAACGGAGGCAAAGGCAAUGGCGGUCGUAAAGGGGGUAAGGGUGGCGGCAAAGGAAAGGGUAAGGGAGGGAAAGGAGGCAAUGCUGGUGCUGGUGGUUCCAAGGGCAAUGGUACAACCACUACUCCCGGAGGUGGAGGUAACAAAGGCAAUGGCACGAAGACACCUCCAGGUGGAGAGGUUGCGGCGAUUCCCGCCGAGUUCGACAGCCAGUAUCUCUGCCCUGUCCAGAUCGGCACACCGCCCCAGACUAUCCCGCUCAACUUCGAUACCGGGUCCUCGGAUCUAUGGGUCUUCAGUAGCGAGACACCCAUAACCCAAGUCGCGGGGCAGACAGUGUAUAACAUCAACGCCAGUACAAGUGCCAAAGUCCUCCAGGGUGCUUCUUGGUCGAUCUCCUAUGGCGACGGUAGCUCGUCCCAAGGUAAUGUUUUCAUGGACACCGUCACGAUCGGCGGCGUGACUGUAGAGAGCCAAGCAGUCGAGUCUGCUACUCAAGUGUCUUCGUCAUUUUCCCGAAACAAGAACCAGUCUGGUCUUGUCGGACUUGCCUUUGGCAACAUCAACACCGUCAAGCCUGCCAAGCAGAAAACCUUUUUCGAGAAUGCAAUGAACAAUCUCGCCAUGCCACUGUUCACAGCAAACCUCAAGAAGGCAGCUGCUGGAAACUACAACUUUGGCUUCCUCGACUCGACAGAGUACACGGGCGACAUCACCUUCGUCCCCGCCAACACGACGCAAGGCUUCUGGCAAUUCACAGCCCAAGGCUUCGCCGUCGGCUCCAACGGCAGCGCGCCCACCUCGGCCCCUCACGCCGCCAUCGCGGACACGGGCACGACGCUCAUGCUGCUGCCCGACGCCAUCGUCUCGGCGUACUACCAACGCAUCGCGAGCGCAAAGUACGACGCGACCAACGGAGGCUUCGUCUUCAACUGCAAGGACACGAUACCGUCCUUCACGGUCGACAUGGGCAAGUACCAGGCCGUCGUCCCGGGUGACUUUAUGAAGUUUGCUCCCGUCGACGGGCAGACGGUUGAGACUUCGACGACGUGCUUUGGGGGUAUACAGAGCUCUGCGGGUUUGCCCUUUGCGAUUUACGGGGACGUUUUCCUAAAGUCGCAGUUUGUGGUGUUUCAUGGCGGAAAUAAGGAGUUGGGCAGCGGCCAUCAUAGACGGCAUGUUCAUUUGCUUAUUUGUAACCUGCUCAUCAAGAAGGUAUCCAGCCGUCUCUUUCUUGGAACUUCAGGCUCCCCACCCACACAUUCACCACUCCCAGUGCCGCCCCCCUCCCCCCCUUUUUCUCAUCCCAACAUUCAAGCCACCCUCACCCGGACGGUCAAUCCUUCAUCUACAACAUUUUUCUUCAUACGAAUACCUGCCCCGGGGGACGCCCCGGGAACGCAUUAG